GUACGAUUUGAGCGAGCUAGAAAUGCGAGCAAGAAUUUGUGUUCCCGAAGAAAUUGUGAGAAAUUGUGAACCAGUGAAAAUGGCAUUUGCACAACUUGUCAGUGAUAUCAGCAGUGAACUGCAUCGCGCGGAGCCCGAGAUCCGGCAGUUUCUGGCUGAGCUCUCUUGGCAAGAUCAGCCUGGACAAUCUGGCCAUCAUGGGCAUCACCACAGGCGUGGACACGGCUGCCGGAGGCGGUGCAGUCGCAGAGAUUUCUGCCAGGAGAAGUCCUGCCCAGCAAAGGGGAAUCCCACUGACUACACAGCGAGCCUGGAUGUGAAGAAUUACGCCAGCGACGAGAUCAACGUGAAGACAGUGGAUAACUUUGUUGUUGUGGAGGGCAAGCAGGAGGAGAAGGAGGAUGAAUUUGGCAGCAUUUCGAGGAGUUUCGUGCGACGCUACCGCAUUCCCGAGGAGUUCAACAUCGAGGAAGCCUCAUCGGCUCUCUCAGAUGAUGGAAUCCUGAGUAUAAGAGUUCCUCUCUUGGCGACACAAUCAAAAGAGCGAGUCAUUCCGAUCCAGAAGACAGGGAAAACUCAUCAGCAGCCCGAGGAGGCUCCCAAAGAGGCAGAAGCGGAGAAACUGAUGCCCGAGAAGAAGGAUGACUCGUCAGAUUUUGAGAUGGUGAAAGACAACAUGGAUUAAUCAGUAGUGACAAUAUAUUGGAAUUAAUCAAUCAAGUGGUUAUACUUUGUAUGAGAAAUUUGCACAUUUGGAAAAUAAACUAUGACAAAGCAUUCGA